ACAUCGUCCGCGUUACCUUGGCACUCGUAACACCGGGAGGGAUCGGCUUGUGGUGUUUUGGUCCGGUCCGAGCCCACUCACCAAAAUGACAGCGAGGAAGUCCGGCUCACGACUGGAGACCGAGAUAGAGAGGUGCCGCUCAGAGAGUCAGUGGGACAAGAUACCGGAGCUGGUGCGACAGCUGUCUGCCAAACUAAUAUCAAACGAUGACCUAGGGGAGCUGUUGCUGGGGGAAUGCAAGCUUCAGACGUACUUGAAGGAGAACCCCAUAAAACAGGGAGCCAGUCCCAGGGGUCCACGACCUAAACUGGUGGAGGUCAGGAAACACCUCACUGCUGCUCUGGACAGAGGAAACCUCAAGGCUGAUUACAUUCAGGAAGCCAGCGUGUUGAUGGCCAAACUGUGCUAUGUGGAGGGAGAAUACAGAGACGCUUUAGGUCACUACAGCAGGGUGAACAUGGAUGAUAUGCAGCUGGUGGGCGCUCCUGUGUACAGGCUGUCCAUGAUAGCAGAGGCGUACGCUACUAAAGGACUGUGUCUAGAGAAGGUCCCAGCUGCCUCCCCAUCUCUGUCCAAUAAGAACACCGGGUCUCCAUCGUCCAAUCGGAGCACAACAGACCGGGAGCAGGACAUCAUCACCUGCUAUGAAAAGUCUGGAGACAUUGCUCUGCUCUACCUGCAGGAGGCCGAGAAGGCGUUGUCAGCAGGAAUUCAGAACCGCAGCCCAAAGCCCGGCCCGACAGCCCAGGACCUGGAGCUGGGCUACUUUCUGGAGACGGGCUUGCAGAGAGCCCAUGUCAUCCACUUCAAGAACGGCAACCUGACACGAGGUGUGGGCCGGUUUCGGGAGAUUCUUCGGGCCGUUGAGAACAGAACCACCCAGAGCCUGCGCAUGACCAUAGCCAGACAGCUUGCGGAGAUCUUGCUCAGAGGAAUGUGCGAACAGAGUUACUGGUCUCCUCUGGAAGACCCGCCCACAGUGUCGCCAUUGGACGAUCCCACAAGGCAAGGACACACUCACAGCAAGAACUACAGCCUGAGCCGACGCCCACGAGUGUACUCGGGAGAGAAUCUGUUUUGCCCUCAGGAGAACACAGAAGAAGCUUUGCUGUUGCUGCUCAUCAGUGAGUCCAUGGCUAACCGUGACGCCGUCCUGAGCAGGAUUCCCGAACACAACAAUGACCGCAUCAUCAGCCUGCAGUCUGCCUCUGUGGUGUACGACCUGCUGACAAUAGCUCUGGGCAGGAGAGGGCAGUAUGAAAUGCUGUCAGAGUGUUUGGAGAGAGCCAUGAAGUUCGCCUUUGAGGAGUUUCAUUUGUGGUACCAGCUCGCCCUGUCACUUAUGGCAGCUGGGAAAUCAGCCCGUGCUGUUAAGGUCCUGAAAGAGUGUAUUCGUCUGAAGCCUGACGAUCCCACCAUCCCACUUCUGGCUGUCAAGCUGUGUAUCGGACCUCUGCACUGGUUGGAUGAGGGGGAGUGCUUUGCAAAGAUGGUGAUAGACAUGGGGGAGAAAGCAGCUGAGUUCAGAGCCAAAGGAUACUUGGCCAUCGGGCUGGUUCACAGCCUCAAAGCAACUGACGCAUCGUUGCGGAGCACACAGGAGGAGUACCAGAGGAAAGCUUUGGGAGCCUUCCAGAGAGCUCAGAGUCUGUCUCCUACUGACCAUCUAGCAGCUUUCUACUUGGCACUGCAGCUUGCUGUGUCCAGACAGAUCCCAGAGGCACUAGGCUAUGUUCGACAGGCGUUACAGCUUCAAGGUGACGACGUCCACUCCCUUCAUCUGCUGGCCUUGCUGCUCUCUGCUCAGAAACACUACCACGACGCUCUCAAUAUUAUAGAGAUGGCUCUGUCCGAGUACCCCGAGAACUUCAAUCUGCUGUACACCAAGGUGAAGUUGGAGUCCAUGUGUAGAGGUCCAGAGGAAGCUCUGCUUACCUGCAAACACAUGCUGCAGAUCUGGAAGAGCUUUUACAACCUUACCAACCCCAGUGACUCUGGGCGUGGCAGCAGUCUGUUGGACAGAGCCAUAGCAGACAGACGACAGCUCAACGCCAUGACUCUCCCCGAUUUCAGUGACCCUGAGACCGUCUCAGGUUCUUCCUCCUCUCACUCUGGUUCUGAACUCGUCUCCCCCACCUCCCCAUCCACCAUCUCCACCCUCUCCUCCCAGCUGCCGUUUCCACUCUCCUCCCCUUCUUCCCCCAUCUUCAUCCUCCAGCCUCCUCCUCUCCCUCCACCCAAAAACCCAUCCUUCCUCCCUCCUCUCCCUCCUCCUCCUCCUCCUCUUCCUCUUCCGCCUCCUCCUCCUCCUCCUCCUCCUGCGUCCAUCAAGGCCAGAUCUCACUCCUUUUGCAACCACGUCACUCUCCGCCAGCUCUCCUCCAACUGCGGCCUUCAGGACGCUAACACUCUUGGUUUUUCCUCCAUGUUUUCUGUUUGUAAGUAGCCAUCUAACCUUCAUCUGACCUUCUUUUUUUUCAUCCAUUGUCCAUCCCUUUGGUCCCCGUUGACCUUCCUUUUCCUGACGAGGUUUUGAUAUAUGAAAUAUGCACAUAUAUCCCAUAUAUGGCUUUAACGUGAUGUCUGCAGCCCGUUUCCAGGAGAAUUGUACUGAACUUUUAUCCCGUUGGUGGUACAGUAUAUGAAAUACAAAACAAUUAAAGGAAUACAACGACUUGAAUGAGUAUAUCUCCAAAAACCGAGUUGUGUGUAGACUUUCAGUGCAACGUUAGGGUAUUCAGGGCUUCGAUGAAGAUAUUUUGUAAUGGUUUACAGCACAACACACAAAGAAGACGCUGUUUUCCAGCACAUUGAGUUGUAAAAGGCAGAUGAAUAUGCCACAUCUGACGUGUUUAUACUUUUCAGUAGAGCAAAUGGUACAGAGCGACGUCACAAAGGAGAGGGAGAAGCAGCGGAUUCAUCUGAGAAAUGUGGCUGUAAUAUUGACAAAAACUAACAGCGCCGCCGGCAUGAGACAGAAUUGUUUGCAGUAAUUUUUACCAAAGUGUCAUAAUUAAUUUGUCAUGAUCGAAGGGCUGCUGUGGAAAGGUUGUAUGAGGGAAUAAAUAAUGACAUACUCUGUUGUUGAUAAUAAUAUGCAUUAUUUUCACCUCUGUGCAUCUGUUAUCAAGAUUUAGCUGGUUUGCUGCCACACCUGAGCACUCUGUACACACUUUA